AAAUUGUUUACGGUCGUCGGCUUUAAAAUUAAAGUGAAACAUUCCGAUAUAAAACUCGUCUCCAACUUGAUACUCACUUGGACUUCGACUACUUAACCCUACCCCCGGUUUACCCCCUCUACACUGUCUACGUUUGUCUGCAAAUAAAAUUUAAUUAAAUUAAAUACAAAUUUUCGCAGCAACUCGCGGCGCAACAACGGCGGUGGGCGAAGAAAAACUGUUUGCGUGGAAUUAAAAUUUUCGCCUCUUGGCAUACCCCAUAAAAAGAAAAAUUAAUACAUAUUUGUGCGUGUGUGUUUUGAGUUCCUGCUUAUUGGGGAAAAAGUCAUCUGUGCCACACAUCCAAUUGGAGUUUGUAUUGUGAAUAGUGAAAUUCUUAUCAAAUGGAUGAUUUAGAUGCUCUCUUAGCUGAUUUGCAGAAUAGUGUGCCGGGUCAACAGCAGCCGCAAUAUGGCACAGUUCAGCCCAAGCUAAUUCAUCCGCAACAACAACAACAACAGCAGCAGCAACAACAACAGUUUGUGGAUAAUACACCUGGCUAUGGAAGUCUGCGGGGCAAAGCCCAACCUCAGGUGUAUCAAGAACAUUAUAGCGUAGAGACACGAUCACCCACAGCUGGCGAAUUUAAUGGCUCAUCUAAUGGGUAUCAGAAUCAGAACCAUCAGGGUUCACUACCACGCAAAGUUGUUGGCUUCAACAAUGGUCAAUCAACGCAGCAAAAUGCCUCUGGUUUGUCCGAAUUGGAUUCAUUGUUGCAAGAUUUGCAGAAUGCUCGUUACAACAAUGGAGCCGAAAAGAAGGAUAUCGAGGUUCCUGCCAACUAUAGCAAUCCAGUCUCGAAAUAUAAUACAAUCAAUAGCUAUGCCACUGUCGAGGAACGUCCCACCAUGGAUAGUCUUCUGAGCGAAUUGGAUAAUGCCCACAUCUAUGCCAUACCCAAUGGAUCUGCUCAUAAAUCACCCACACCUGGACGUCAUGUCACCAUCACGGUGCGUGAGACAAAGACGGAAAAGCUAACAGGGCCCGAUGGUCCAGUUGGAACCGUUGAGGAACAGAUUGUACAGCAGAAAGAUUCAUAUACACCGAAUCAUGCAGUUCCCUCAGUUAAUCAACAACAUCAGGGAUAUAGUACAUCGCAGGCCACAAAAGAAUUGGAUGAUCUAAUGGCCUCAUUGUCGGACUUUAAGGUUACCAACGGAAGUAGCAACGGUACUCAGUAUCCAAGUCAACAUUCUGCCACUAUACACCAUCAGACCGUAACUGAUUACGCUCAUCCCAAUAAAGGAACACAACAGGCUCAUCUAACGCAAACUAUCGAAGAGACGACCAUCGUCGAAGAGGAUAAUCGCGAGGAUCAAUUGGAUUCUAUGCUAGGCAAUUUACAGGCCAAUAUGAGUCGUCAAGGUGUUAAUACUGUGCAAAAGGGCUGCUGCAAUGCAUGCGAGAAACCAAUUGUUGGCCAAGUGAUCACCGCAUUGGGCAAGACCUGGCAUCCGGAGCAUUUCACCUGCAAUCAUUGCCAGCAGGAAUUGGGUACACGCAAUUUCUUUGAACGCGAUGGUUUCCCCUAUUGCGAGCCGGACUAUCACAAUCUGUUCAGUCCACGUUGUGCAUACUGUAAUGGUGCCAUAUUGGAUAAGUGUGUGACGGCAUUGGAAAAGACCUGGCAUACGGAGCAUUUCUUCUGUGCCCAGUGUGGCCAGCAAUUCGGCGAGGAGGGCUUCCAUGAGCGUGAUGGUAAACCAUAUUGCCGCAAUGAUUACUUUGAGAUGUUUGCCCCGAAAUGCAAUGGCUGCAAUCGUGCCAUAAUGGAGAAUUAUAUUUCGGCCCUGAAUUCGCAAUGGCAUCCCGAUUGCUUUGUGUGCCGGGAUUGCCGACAACCUUUCCAGGGUGGCUCAUUUUUCGAUCAUGAGGGUCUGCCAUAUUGUGAGACACAUUAUCAUGCCAAACGUGGUUCAUUAUGUGCCGGCUGCUCGAAACCCAUCACUGGACGCUGUAUUACGGCCAUGUUUAAGAAAUUCCAUCCGGAACAUUUUGUCUGUGCCUUUUGCCUGAAGCAAUUGAACAAGGGUACAUUCAAGGAGCAAAAGGAUAAGCCAUAUUGUCAUGCUUGCUUUGACAAGAUAUUUGGUUAAAUGAUCGAAAUGAAAGAAAAGCAACAACAAAAAGAAAAAAAACUAUAGUUAUGAUACACACUGUUUUUAUACGAUUUACGAAUGUUUUACCGAUUAUAUUACAUAUACUUACCUACAAUAUAUAUAACUACAUAUAUAUAUAUAUAUAUAUAUACAUACAGAAAAAUAAUGGAUCUGUGCUUUUAUAUAACCGAGUCAAAUUAGUAAUUUAAUUAAACCCAAUCACAUGCAAUGCAAAACAAAAAGCCAAAAUAAUAAAUCGCGAAACGUAAGCAAUUAGUAGACAACUAAUCCUAAUCCAAUUAUAAUGGUCACUUGAUAUUUUUACCCCGUUUAAUAUAUACAAAAAGACCAUACAAAAUCAAUGAAUUCAAUAAAUAAAUCGGACAAAUAA